CGUAGUGCAAUGGGUGCGUAUUAUUACUGUACGUAAACCUAUAUAUAAAUUAUAUUAGAUAUAAUGUUUAUAUAUAUUGCAAACAAAGUGUGCAAAAGAAGUUAAUUUUCAACGAAAAAUUAUAAAAAUAGAGUAAUUUAAUAAAUUGUAGAUAACGUACAUAACUUAAAAACAGUUUUCAUGGGACUGUCUUCAUAAACAAGGCGCCAUGAUUUUCUUGUAACGCCAUAAUACUGUUAUACGACAUUUCCUUCUUUCUAUGAUAAAUAUUUAUAAUUAAAAUUAUAUGUGAGAUAUGAACGGAAUCAAUUUUGUUUCAUAUAUUUCUAUAUAUCAUAAUAAUUUUUAGCUGUUUAAUUUUGGUGAGUACAUAAAGAAGAUCAUGAGUACUUAUUAAAAUUCUGAAAGUUUUCGGUACUAUUGCUUAUUGUAAAUACCCUGAUUCUACCACGAAAAGGAGUGAAAAAGAUAGAGAUUGAAAGACAGAAAAGUUGUAGUGAAAGAGAAGAGAAAAAAAAAAUAUUAUGUAUAUUAAACGAUAAAGUCAAGGUGGAAAUCGAUAAAUUCAUAGAUAUUUUUAUUUGAUUGUCAUGGCGAGAGAUUGGCGUCAAGAAUGUGGUAACAAGAGUGGGAGACUGUAGUAAAAACAAUGCUGGAUCGCUAAGCAAGUUCUACGUUACUAAAAAACAGAAAUUAAAAAAAAUUUAUAGAUAUAGUUUACAUAUUACAGUAUUUUUAACAUGGAUGAUGAAGAAGGAUCAUCAAGUUCUGGACCUAUGUCUUCAUUGAAUAGUUUAUUUUCAUUUACUAGUCCUGCUGUAAAAAAGUUGCUUGGUUGGAAACAGGGUGAUGAAGAAGAAAAGUGGGCAGAAAAAGCAGUUGAUUCAUUAGUAAAAAAAUUAAAAAAACGAAAAGGUGCAAUUGAAGAAUUAGAACGGGCAUUAAGUUGUCCAGGCACUCCUAGUAAAUGUGUAACAAUUCCAAGAAGUUUGGAUGGUAGAUUGCAAGUUUCUCAUCGUAAGGGUUUACCACAUGUAAUUUAUUGUAGAGUGUGGAGAUGGCCAGAUUUGCAAUCACAUCAUGAAUUAAAACCAUUAGAAUUAUGUCAAUAUCCCUUUUCUGCUAAACAAAAAGAAGUUUGCAUCAAUCCUUAUCAUUAUAAAAGAGUGGAAAGUCCAGUGCUACCACCUGUAUUAGUUCCUAGGCAUUCAGAAUAUGCACCUGGACAUUCAUUGUUACCAUUUCAACAAAUAGCAGAACCAACAAUGCCGCACAAUGUAUCCUAUUCUUCUAGUGGAUUUAAUGCUGGAUCUACUGGUGGUGUAAAUCCAACAUCACCUAUGUCAUCUGUUGGAUCUGUUCCAAGUCCAGGAAGUACAACAUCACCAAAUCCACAAAGUCCAUAUGGUACUAAUGGAUUACCAGAAACUCCUCCUCCAGCAUAUUCUCCUCCUGAAGAUGGUUCACAAUCUGGUCAGUCACCACCACCUGAUCCUGUAGCUAUGGAUACAAGUGGAUCAGCUGAAGUAGCUCCAGUAUGUUACCAAGAACCACCUUAUUGGGCCUCUAUUGCAUAUUAUGAAUUAAAUUGUAGAGUGGGUGAAGUUUUUCAUUGCCAUUCCCACUCUGUUAUUGUGGAUGGCUUUACAAAUCCAAGUAAUAAUUCUGAUAGGUUUUGUCUUGGACAAUUGUCCAAUGUAAAUCGUAAUUCUACUAUUGAAAAUACAAGAAGACAUAUAGGCAAAGGAGUACAUUUAUAUUAUGUAGGUGGUGAAGUUUAUGCAGAAUGUCUUUCUGAUUCUGCUAUAUUUGUACAAUCUAGAAAUUGUAAUCAUCACCAUGGAUUUCAUCCUAGUACAGUUUGUAAGAUUCCACCAGGAUGUUCAUUGAAAAUAUUUAAUAAUCAAGAGUUUGCCCAAUUACUUUCACAAAGUGUUAAUCAUGGUUUUGAAGCAGUUUAUGAAUUAACAAAAAUGUGCACUAUAAGAAUGUCAUUUGUUAAAGGAUGGGGUGCUGAAUAUCAUAGACAAGAUGUUACAUCCACUCCUUGUUGGAUUGAAGCACACUUACAUGGACCCUUACAGUGGCUAGAUAAAGUGUUAACACAAAUGGGUUCUCCUCAUAAUGCUAUAAGUUCUGUAUCAUAAUUUGUGUUUUAUGUUUAAUAAGGAGAGAAAAUAGUGAAAUGUAGGAAAAACUUAAUGAUUUAAGAACACUUUUUAAUAUUAUAUAAGGCUAUAAUAAAUUAGAUAUCAUAAGAAAUUUAUGAAAAUAUAAUAAGAAUGAUAAAUGAGAAAUUACUGUCUUAGUAUGACUCUUUUCAUGUGAGAAAAAUGAAGUUAAUAAUAUGAUUAUAAAAAUAAAGGAUUGCAAACGUUCACAAUUAUUAAAAGUAAUCCUUAAUAAUGAAAUUUCGAAAAAAGUGAAGUGUACACAUACAAGCUGUACAAUUUUUUGGCUGUUAAAUAGGAAAAGAAUUAUAACAAAAAUAUGUUAUAUAUAAAGAAUCAUAUUUUUAAAAUAUAUUUAAUCACAUCUAAUACUUUAUUUUAUAUGAAAAAUUGUUAUAAAAAAUAUUUUUUAAUGCUGUCACGAAUGCUUCAUUAAAUUAUUUCGAAACUUAUAUUAAAAGCUAUACAUAGUUGAAGAAUAGAAAAAAAUUGAUUUCAAUUAAACAAAAGAUCAAAAGAUAUCAAUAUAUGAAAAUGAUUCAAAAUUAUAUAAUGUUUUAAAUUUAUAGUUUCGAAUACGCGUGCUUUUGAAGCAUUUGAUUUAUAAGCCUAAAAAAGCCUUAAACUAUUUAAAUUUAUUACUAUAAAGACUAUAAUCUAAGUGUAAUUAAUUUCAAUUUACUAAUAGUAAUGCAAUUAAUAUUUCAAUAUAUACAUCAGAUGCUGAUCUCACGUUGACAUUUAAAAGUUAACUGUAUCUGAUGACAUAUUGAAAUAUUAACUUUGAUACAUAUAAAAAUAUUUUUUUGUGCAACGUUUUCUAACAUUCGUGAAAUGUAAGCCUUUGGAUGUAGCCUUAUAAGAAACUAAUAUGACAACUAACAUAAAGUCAUCUACUUGCUAUUUGUCAGACUUGAGAGUAAUGUAAGACUUGUAUGUUAGCUAUGCACUUUUUAAAAAUGUUCAUAAAUUUCAUGCUUCAACAGAAAUUUAUGUGCAUAUAAAAAGUAUACUAUUAUAUUAUGAUGUUAUGUGCAAUUUAAAUAAUUGGUAUUACAUUCGGUACAAGACAUAAAAAUUUUAUUAAUUGAAUUUUAAAAUCACAAAUUAUUUUUGUUGAUCAUAAAAAAAACGUAAAAAAUUUUAUCAAUAGAAAAAGAGUCACAUACAAAAUGUUCAUUUAUGAAAGAUAUUACUUGUUUUAUAUAUUUUAAUGAAUGACGAUUUUAUAAAAAUUCUAUUAUAAUAAUUGAGAGUAAGAUGAAUAAUGCAUAUAUUCAUAAAUUAAAAAAAUCAUAUGAACACUUAGUUGAAACAAAGUAAAAUUUAUUAAGAAAUGUUAUACAUUGAAAGUUCAUUAUAAUCAGCUCUUUUUUUAAUCAGUUUUUUUAUUCAUUUAUAACAAUAUUAAUUUCAAUUGAUUUUACAUUAAGGUACAGGUAUUACUAAAAAAUUACAAAUAUUGACUCAAUAUUAGAAAUGCCUGAUAUAUAUUUGAAUGAACUUCUGACUUAUUGAUAAUUAUAUUUCAAAUUAUUUUUAUGUAUAUUUUACGUAUAUUUUUUUCAAUUAUAAGUAUGAUGAAAGUAUACGGAUCAUAUAACUUUAAGAAUACUUGAGAACUGUGGAACAGAAGUCACUGCCGCUUGGUGUUACUUAUUUGUCGAUGUACCUAGCUGUGAUUGUUUGCUACCAAAUUUAGCAAAUUAUGUAUAGGUGAUCAACGAUGGUUAAAAAGUAUUUACUUUAUUAGAUCAAUGAAAAUAAAAAUAUAUUCGAAUUUAGAAGUAUAAAUCAUAUAAGAAAAUAUGACAAUAAUAUGACGCAUAAAGAAAUACGAUUUUUUACACGACGAAUAAAAAUAUUCAAUCAAAAAAAUAUUUAUCGUACCACUUAUCGUUUUUUCGUGAUCACCUGUAAUACCUAUUUAGUUUAAACAAUAGAAGAAAAAAAGUAUUUUCCUUCAAAACAAUGUUGUAAUUGGUAUAGAGAAAAUCAUAAAAAUAAUAUAUCUAUUGAAGAAAAGUAUAAACUAAUGUUUUAGGUAUAUCGAGCUUGUAGCAUUCGUAAUGAACACAAUGCUUUAUCGCAAUAUAUAUAUACGAAUAUGUACGAAUAGUUACAUGUAAUAAGUAUAUUUAGAGCUUCUAUUCUUAAUUGAUAUUUUUCUUUUCUCUUUUUUUUUUUUUUUUUUUUUUUUUAAUUGAUGUAUUUGUCACAAAUCUCGUUUCCAAAUCACCUGAUAUUACUUCUUAAUUGCUAAGUUUUACAGAACUGAAUAGAAGCUUAAUAAGUAUUACAACAAUGCACUAUAAUACUAGAACUAUAUACAUAUAUACUUAAGUACAUGCCGCCCAAGUUGUGCCUUGGAUGCUUUUACAUUAUAUAUUUCAAAUAUUCUAAAAAUAUAAAACAAAAAUUUGUUAUAGUAUAUAGUGAAACAAGUAUAUAUAUUGUUUGUCAAAUAGUGCUUAAACAUUCAUAUGCAAAAUCAUCUAUACUAAUAAAUUCUGAAUAUAAAAAUAUAUUUAAAGAUGUGAUAGUUUUAGAAAAUGAAUAUAUAUACACAAAUGUACAUAAAUAAAUUUGUGAUUUGGUGAUUUGGAAGAGAUUCAUAGUUAUUUUAGAUGUCAGACACUGUAAAUAAAUUUUUUAGCUAUAAAAACACAUCUGCAAAAUCCAUUCCACAUUUAUCAUAUAAAUCCGAUAAUUACGAACUUUCUCUUCAUAUUAUUUUUGCGUUUUUUAAAAUAUUAAUAUCAUUGUACAUUAUUUCAAAAAUUAUUUAUCAUGAUCGAAAGUACUUUCCUUACUUAUUAAAAUAUUAUUAU